GUCUUACAGAUCACAAUGUCUUACCCAAUCAGUUCUCAACCCCUAACCAUGCCAGGCAAUGCCAUCAGCACCAGCCAGUGGAACUCCAAAGUCUCUGACUGCUGUGAAGACAUGGGAAUCUGUUGUUGUGGAACAUUUGUCCCUUGUAUUCUUGCAUGUAAAGUGGCAUCAGACUAUGGAGAGUGCUGCUGCUUGCCAUUUCUUGGGGGCGCUAUACUGGCUAUGAGGACAGGCAUUAGGGAAAGACAUCACAUCCCGGGAAGUAUCUGCAACGACUGUGUGUGUCUCACGUUUUGCGGACCCUGCACGCUCUGUCAGAUGGCCCGCGAGCUGAAACAGAGGAAUUAAGCAGCUUAAUACUUUAUAGGAUCUACACCCUACAACACCAGCCCCGUGGCAUUUGAUGAUAUAUACUCGAGUAUAAGCCGACCCGAAUAUAAGCCGAGGCCCCUAAUUUCACCCCAUAAACCCAGGAAAAGUUAUUGACUCGACUAUAAGCCUAGGGUGGGAAAUACAUCAUCCCCCCUGUCAUCAUCC